AUGGAGAUCAGGGCAUCCUUUGAGUGCGGUGGAAUGCUAGGUCAUGGAGAACUCAUUGGAAAGCUUGAAAGGUCGUGGAAUGAGCUUCUCAAUAAUGGAGAUGAGCCUUUUGAUUUGUCCUUCCCGCUCAUUCGAGGUGUCCAUCCUUCUCUCACGCUGAAGGCCGCUUCUGUGCAUGCUCGUGGAAACGACGAUGGUGGGCUGUUAGAUUGUGUUGUUGACUGCCAGAUUGUUCGGGAUACAGACACGGGCCACUCAAAAUUUGCCGAGUACAUGAUAAGCAAGGUGGUCUCUCACCUGAAUGAUGCAGUGGAGCGAUUUCAAUCGGUUCUGGACCAGUGUCCGGCUGGCCAUCCUGACCAUGCAGCCGCUGCCACCAACCUCGAUCGUGAAGACAUUGACGCUACUACCUCUCUAUUCCGCGACGCCCUCGCAUUGUGUCCGCAGGGCCACCCCGAUCGUCCGUUGUCUCUCUACCAUCUCACCAAUGCGCUAAUAUGGCACUACAACAAUCAACAUACCACCAAUGAUAUCUGUGAAUGCGCUAAACUCCACUAUGAGCUCCUGUCCCUCUGUCCCGAUGGCACUUAUCUUCGCAGCAUCACAGUAGGAGGAAAUGGUGAUUAUGUGAUCCUCGCAUGCAACAAUCUUGCACCGGAUGGAUCUGAUGAAGGAAUCCAACUCCGACGACUCGUGCUUGAGCUCUGUCCUCUGGGACAUCAGCACCAUCUCAGUGCCUUUAAUAAACUUUCAUGGGCCCUCAGGGAACGAUUUACACAAUAUGGCAACAUUGAUGAUUUAGACGAGAUUAUACAAUGCUUCCGUGAGGUUGUUUCAACUCUGGCCCCCAAAGGAUGCCAUCAUCAUGGAACUUACUUGAACAACUUGGCAUUGUCUAUCGCAUGGCACUUCGAUCACCAAGGCAAAUCUCAUGACCUUGACGAGGCCAUCUCUUUGUAUGAAGAGGUGCUGUGCCUGUUCCCUAUUGGGCAUGCAUCUCGUGAUGCACCAUUGGACAACCUAGGGGGCGCACUCCACACCUGUUUCAUCCAAUGCGGUGACAUUAAUGACAUCAACAGAGCUAUCAGCCUCUAUCAUGAGGCACUAACAUUGUGCCCACCUGGGCAUCCAACCUGUGACAGCACACUUAACAACCUUGCCAUCGCGCUCGCCACCAGAUAUGACAAAUUCAAUCCCAGCGAGGACCUUAAUGAGGCCGUCAAUCUGCACCAUCAAUCUCUUCGGUUAAGACAGCUUGACAAUCCUCAGCGCCACCGAAAUCUUGUCAAUUUCAGCUCAGCACUCUGCUCUCGUUUCAUGGAAACUCGGAACAAUAGAGAUAUUAAGGAGGCCAUCAAUCUCUGCCAGCAAUCAUUGGCAGUUUUGCCCUCACUGCACCCGGAUAGAUAUUUCAGCUAUGUGUGGCUGAAGGAUGCCUAUCUUGCUCGUUAUCAGGUGCAACACAACCCUGCUGAUUUGUCACUCGCAUUAGAGAACUCCAGAUUGGCAUCACUACACCCCACUCAAGGCUUGCCGCAAUGCAUCAUUGCAGCAUGUAAUUGGAUUGUUGCAGCGGAGCAACACAAUAAUGAUGGAUCUGCACUGGAGGCCUAUGCACUAUUUUUUGAGCUUCUUGACGCACAUCUAGCCACACGAUCAUCAACCACGUCGCAGCGCGAAGCUACUGCCGCCUUAAAUUAUGCCAGUACACUCCCUGUAGAUGCUGCAACAUGUGCCUUGCGCCAUCAUAACCUACAAAAGGCCGUCGAACUCGUGGAGCAAGGCCGUUGCCACCAAUGGUCGCUGGCCUCUCGCCUGAGGACUCCACUUGAAGACCUUGAGUUCACAAAUCCCAACCUAGCUCACAAAUUCUCUGCGCUCAGCAAGCGCCUGUCAGACGCUCAGGGUGCCAUAGGCAGCGCAGACCGAGCUACUGCUGAUAGGGCAGUAGUAGAGUACAGAAGACUUACGAAGGAAUGGGACACUGUGGUGGCCGAAAUUCGUAAUCAUCAAGAUUUCUCACGAUUCCUGCUUCCACCGUCAUACACAGAACUGCAAAUUGCAGCAUCUCAUGGCCCAGUUAUCAUCCUCAAUGCCAGCAAGUACUUGUGCGACGCCCUCGUCAUCCCUACGUCAGGGCAGCCCUACCAUGUCCCCUUCCCUUCUCUCGCUCUCGCACAUCUCGAGGUGCUCAAGGACGACUUCACAAAAGCAAUACGACAGACAUCUGGUAUGCGCCAAGAGGUGCCAAGGACAGCGCUGAUGGCACUGUUGCGGAGGAUAUGGGAUGUGGUCAUGCUACCCAUUAUCCAAGUGCUCCAGCAUGUUCUAAAAUUGCUGCACCACUCUCGAAUCUGGCUGUAUCCGACAGCAGUUUUUACCUCGAUUCCUCUCCAUGCAGAUCUCUACAUCUGCUCUUACACGCCGACACUUUCGGCUUUGAUCAGAUCUCGACAGAUGAUGAAGAACCACACCACUCCGUCUUUUGUGGUGAUCAGGCAAAGUCGAGGGGCUGGACAAGGCGAAGAGCUCUUGGCUGUUGAAAAUGAGCUCGAGCUCGUCCGUAAGCUUGUCCCCGCAACGGCUGACCCCACUACUCUUUUCGGGGAUGCAGCCACGCGAGCAGGUGCACUCGAAGCUUUGCAAAGUAACACAUGGGUGCACCUCGCUUGUCAUGGCAAGCAGGACCACGAGGAGCCUUACUAUUCACAUUUCGCCAUGAGAGACACCUGCCUCACGUUGCUUGACAUCAACAAUGCCCACAAGCUGAAUUCGUGUGAUGAGAAGAUGCCUGAUGAAGUUAUACACCUUGCAGCUGGUCUGCAAUUUUCUGGGUUCAAGAGCGUUGUUGGCACACUGUGGGCGGUCGAUGAUGCUGUUGCAAAACAUGUUGUGGAAGCAUUCUAUCAGGAUAUAUUCAAGGAUUUGAAGGAGGGUGACAUUGACUGUACGAAGGGCGGUGUCAGCACUUAA